AUGGCGAAUAUUCAAUACCUCGGGAUCCCCAACGAUGUGCACGACAAUAGGGUUUACGAGCUCAUUAUGCGACAAGAGCCGAAGCAGGCGAGGAUGUGCGGUGUUGGCGGCAAAGCCGAUCGACGUCCAAUUGACCCCCCGCCAAUUGUCCAACUCAGAGUGAUCGAUCCCGCCGCCAAUGAGCGACGGCGGCGCAACGAGGCCAACGGAUCCCCCGCCCCAAACGCCGACGACGACUCCCUCGACAACAGCUACGCACAGUCGUUCCUCCAGAACCCAUAUUAUUUUAUGUUCGCGAGUUUGGCGAAGCCAGACGAUGAUGCCGAACUCCACUGGCUGAAGGAUGGCCGGACACGGUGUACGACAGGAUCGGUAGUGUCUUCUCUAUACCAUCUCAAAGAUCCUCAAAACAACAACGAAGAUGCCGGCUUCUUCGUCUUCCCCGAUCUCAGCGUGCGGACUGAGGGCAGCUAUCGAUUGAAACUUAGUUUGUUCGAGGUUGUUGGCAACAACGUUCGACAUUGUAAAUCGAUAUACUCCGCCCCUUUCUAUGUUUAUACCGCGAAGAAAUUCCCCGGCAUGGAAGAGUCGACGCCGCUUUCCUGUUCUUUGGCCGAUCAGGGCAUUAAGAUCCGUAUUCGCAAAGACAUCAGAGUACGCAAGAGACCCAAUCAAGGUUACGAUCUUCCUUUGCCUCUGCCCAUGGACGAACAGCAAGACGACGAGGAAGACGAUCAAAUAAUCCGGCGGGAACCCAAACGUACCCGCACGGAUGAUGGUAGUCUCGAUAACGCACGUACCAACGGUACGGUGUCGUCUGCGUUGGCGCCUUUGGGCCAACAGCCACAACAGCCCCAGCAACAGUCUUGGCCUCCCCCGACCGGGCAGGAUCCUGCCCUUGGUCCCAGCAUCCCGCCGCCACCGAAUGCUACGAUGAGCUCGACUCUGACCGUUGGUGAUGUACCUGGCUCUGGCACAAUGAACAUGACUUCGUCGCCGUCGAUACCUGGCCCUCCUGCGACCUACGACUCUCGCGCGCCGGCACAAUACCCGCCUUACGAUCAAACUUCUCAGCCAAUGCAACAGACGCAACCGCAACAACCUUACCGCGACCCGAACCAGCCUUCUGCUGCCCCUCAACAACCACCCCCGCAGCACAUGCCCCCUCCGCCACCGGCUGUUCAGCACCAGCCUCAGCCCCAGCCACCUCAGCAGCCUCAGCCGCAACAGCAGGUCUAUCAGCAACCGCCAGCCCAGCACAUGCCCCCUCCGCCAGGGCACGUUCAUGCCCAACCGCCGCCGCCGCCACACGGGCAUAUGGCGCCAGCUCCUCCGCCGCCCCCUCAAGGAUAUGCACCGUAUCCUCAGACCUGGGGUGCCCCACCGCCGCCUCAGCAACCGGUUUACGACGGCUAUUACCAUCAUCAGCAGCAUGCACCUCCGGUGCCUCAACACCACUACGCUGCGCACCCCAAUGCUUAUGCCCAACCUCCUCCGCCCCCCGCUCACGUAACCCCUAGGUAUGACUAUUACCAGCAGCAGCAUCCCCCGAUGCCUGCGCAGUAUGGGUAUUAUGAUCAGUCUGGGCAAAUGCACCAUCAACAGUUGCCUCCUCAGCAGCAACAACCAGCUCCCCAGUAUGCCGUUCCUCCUCAUCAUCAGGGCGUCCCACCUCACCACCAGCCACCACCCCCGCAUCCCCAGUACGUUCAGCCGCCGCCAGUAGGUACUGCCCCGCAACAACCAGUACCUGGUCAGACUGCUGCUCCGGCGCUGCCCCCACCAGCAACAGGAUCUCCAAAUGUGGCGCCUCCGCCUAUCGCACAGCAAACUCAACAACAUCAACAACCUCCUCAACAGCCUCCCCCUCAACAACAAGCACAGCCUCCAGCAGUAACGCCCAAUUAUGAUUAUUCCUCUUCCUAUAGACCGGCUACUGGCUCUCCUCAGCCACGACCCCCUUAUGCCCCUCCACAUCCUCAACAAACCCAACCACCGCCGCCACCCCCUUACACCCCUUAUACCGCCCCUCCUCCUCCCCAUAUGCAGCAGAGGAUGAACCCAUACCCCCCGCCUCCUGCUCCCUAUUACUACGGCACUCCCCAACAACCCCCGCCAGCCACAGCCAACGUCAACGGCGACUGGUCGACCAACGGAUACACCCAGCAACAACCUCCCGCGUCCGCCUGGCCGGACUACAGCCAACCUCAACCACCAAUGCAGCCCCAACACCAGCCUCCCCACAUCCAACAACCCAACCCGAUCCAACCUCAACCUUCCCUCCCUCCUCCCGUCCCGCAGACCCCGACGUCCUCGUCAAGCAGCUUGAUGGGCGCGACCAACGGUGACCGCAUCCAGCUUGCACCGCUGCGAUCGGGAAGCAGCGGUCACGCGUCUUCUGCUAGUGGACCGCCCAGUACGGGAGCUGGAAGUCCGCAGCAACAGCAGAACGGGUAUGUGAUGUCCCCGGUUAGGAGUAACAGUCGGGAUGGAUAUGGUCCGUCUGUGACUCCUCCGUCGAGGGAACGGGAUGAUAGGUCUGGUGGACGGGAGUCUUCGAGGGAGAGUGAUGGAAGGAAGAAGAACCCGUUGGCUAUCAACAGUAUCAUCUCGGACGACCAUACGAGAUGA